CAACAGAACUCUCGAAACGACGCCGUCUCAUGAAGACGCAGAGAGGCCAAAUCGUAAAUCUUCAAUCAAAACAGGACAAAAAGCAGCAAAUCCUAAUCCCUAAGAAAUUACUCAUCUCGCUCUGUUUUUCAGUCUCUCUCUCCUACCACUCGCGGCGUAGAUUCGAGGAGUUCCGGAAUAAUUCACGAAAGGCACUCACUCCGUAGACUCUCUUUUUCGAAACUUUAUCAAUUUUUUACUCUUUACAGUCAUGGCAACUGAAGGUUCUCAAUUUGAUGCUCGUCAAUAUGAUUCCAGAAUGAAUGAGUUGCUUGGAGCUGAUGGCGAGGAAUUCUUUGCAAGUUAUGAUGAGGUGUAUGAUAGUUUUGAUGCUAUGGGGUUGCAAGAAAAUCUUCUGAGGGGCAUCUAUGCUUAUGGUUUUGAGAAGCCCUCUGCUAUUCAACAGAGGGGAAUUGUUCCCUUUUGCAAGGGACUUGAUGUAAUUCAACAGGCGCAGUCCGGUACUGGGAAAACUGCAACUUUCUGCUCUGGUAUUCUCCAGCAGCUGGACUAUGUAACCGUUGAAUGCCAGGCUUUGGUUCUUGCACCCACUCGUGAGCUUGCACAACAAAUUGAGAAGGUCAUGCGAGCACUAGGUGACUAUCUUGGUGUCAAGGUUCAUGCUUGUGUAGGAGGUACCAGUGUUCGUGAAGACCAGCGUAUUCUUUCCAGUGGAGUUCAUGUCGUGGUUGGAACCCCUGGUCGUGUCUUUGACAUGUUGCGGAGGCAGUCACUUCGCCCUGACUACAUUAAGAUAUUUGUGUUGGAUGAAGCAGAUGAAAUGCUUUCAAGAGGUUUUAAGGAUCAGAUAUAUGAUAUCUUCCAGCUUUUGCCACCUAAGAUUCAAGUUGGUGUAUUCUCUGCGACAAUGCCACCAGAGGCUCUUGAAAUCACUAGGAAGUUUAUGAAUAAACCUGUCCGUAUUCUUGUCAAACGUGACGAGCUGACUCUCGAGGGUAUCAAGCAAUUCUAUGUUAAUGUCGAAAAAGAAGAAUGGAAGCUUGAAACUCUAUGUGAUCUUUAUGAGACUUUGGCCAUCACCCAAAGUGUCAUCUUUGUUAACACCAGGCGUAAGGUUGACUGGCUUACUGACAAAAUGCGCAGCCGUGAUCAUACUGUAUCUGCCACUCAUGGAGACAUGGACCAGAAUACAAGAGAUAUCAUCAUGAGGGAAUUCCGAUCUGGUUCUUCUCGUGUGCUCAUUACCACUGACCUCUUGGCCCGUGGUAUAGAUGUUCAACAAGUCUCACUUGUUAUCAACUAUGAUCUGCCGACUCAGCCUGAGAACUACCUUCACCGUAUUGGACGUAGUGGACGAUUCGGGAGGAAGGGUGUUGCUAUCAAUUUUGUUACCAAAGAUGACGACCGGAUGCUUUUUGAUAUACAGAAAUUCUAUAAUGUGGUAAUUGAGGAGCUGCCCGCCAAUGUCGCUGAUCUCCUGUAAUGCCGUUUCAAUCUAAAUAUUUUAUUAUCUUAUUUCUUAGGUUAGUUAAAUGUGUAAUCGACUUGUAAUUGGGAAGAUGCAAGUCCCCUGAUUUGCAGAUGGGACUUUCCAUUUCCCAAUUUUGUUCUGGUUUCAAUUUGCUGUUGCAAAAUUUUGGUUGUUUUUGUAAUGUUAUUGUCCAAAUUAACUGCAGAUUUGGAUGUUUUUAGACUUCAUAAGGUCUUUAAGAUUGGAUUUUUAAUUUUGUAUGCAUAUGCUACUUUAAAUGAAUUGUGCUUGUUGGUUGUA